UAGAAACUCCUUUAAAACAGAGUGAAAAGAAACCGCCCAUCACACACCCCAGCACACUAACGCUGGAAACUUUUAACCUCGGGAAGCAGGUCCUUCCUCUCACCGUGGUCACAUACCUCCAGAAGAGCAGACCAGACAGCCACCAGCUCCAGCUCCUCAGGACGCCUCAGGCACUUGGACCUCAGAACUCUUCGUUGCAUCAAAAAGCCAAGAUGUUGGUAUUACUGGCUGGUAUCUUUGUGGUCCACAUCGCCACUGUCAUCAUGUUAUUUGUCUCCACCAUUGCCAAUGUCUGGGUGGUUUCGGAUAUUACCAAAGCAUCAGUUGGUCUUUGGAAAAACUGUACCAGCGGCGGCUGUGAUAACAUCCUGUCAUAUGCCAGUGAAGACGCCCUCAAGGCGGUGCAGGCCUUCAUGAUCCUUUCCAUCAUCUUCUCCGUCAUCUCCCUCGUGGUCUUCGUGUUCCAGCUCUUCACCAUGGAGAAAGGAAACCGCUUCUUCCUCUCGGGGGCCACCAUGCUCGUGUGCUGGUUGUGCAUUAUGGUUGGGGUGUCCAUCUAUACUCAUCAUUAUGCUGGUGGUUAUGGAACCAACUACUCGACCAGUCACCAUGGCUACUCCUUCAUCCUCACCUGGAUCUGCUUCUGCUUUAGCUUCAUCAUUGGAGUGCUCUAUCUAGUCCUGAGAAAGAAAUAAGGCCGAACAAAUUCACGGGGAUCCGGGGGGUGGGGAGAAGGAAGCCGUUGAAUCUGGGAGGGAAGUGGGAGAUACUGUGCAGGAAAAACCGAGAGAGGGGAGGGGGGCGGGGAGGGGAAGUAGGGUGGGAGAGGCUGAAAUCCAAACCAUUCCCAAGGAGGUUCUCUGCCGGUGAGCCCCUGCCCUUGGGAGAAAGUAGUUGGCUAGCGCUCCGCUGCUCCCCGGAUGCAGCCGGAGAGCCUCUCUCCAGCCACCAGACUUGGCCUUCAGCUGUUCUCAGUUACACACGCUGCCUGGGGCCCCAUCUACUGUCACACCAUGGGCUUCACUCCUGAGGCUGAAUUCUGGGUCUCGUGCUGCCGUCCUCAGACAGAUUGCAUCAAGUUAAAAUAGCGGUACAAGUUCCAGCAAGAGCAGAUCUUGUUUUUGUGUUGAAUAUGCUAAGCCUGGAAACCAUCGUGCCUUUCUGACCCAAAGCAAAACAUCACAUUCCGGUCUGAAGGGCCCAUACGAGGGCUUUGGCCAGUGAGCCAUUAUCCCUCUUUAGAACAGAUAUUUAACUCUGUGGAACUCAGUGGUAUUUGUGACGAAAUGGGAGAAAGACAUAUAGUCCUAAGGCCAAAUUGGUGGGUGAGUUAAACCAGGAAAGAGAACUUUUCACAGUGGAAGGCCUGGGGGAUGAUCAGAACCCAGACCGGACCUCACACAGCUGUCCCUCCCAGAGACCUCUUGCUAUGGACUUUGCUAGGCCUCUCGCUUAAAGCCAAAGCAGCUCUUUUGGCAUUUCUGUAAAGCCACUAAUGACCAAUUCCGUGGUGAAAGCACCACACAAAUUAUGGGACCAAGGGGCAAUCUGGUGGCAGUCCUACAGUAGGGUUAUGUUUUUAGGAUCCCCCUGUCCAUGCAGUCAGUGUUUCUUUUGAGCACAUACUGGGGAAAGAGAUGGACAUGGUUCCUUGUAACAUGAUUUAUUACUCUCCCUCUAAAUUAUAACUUUUGAGGACGUUUUGUCUAAUUAUCUGCGUUGGGGAUCAGGACUCCUAGGCUCAGUGGUAGCUCUCUCUCUGACAUGGGCUGGAGCCAUUGCCUUUCCCACAGGUGAGGCAGGGCAAUUCUGGAAGCUUAGUAAAACAUAAACUAAAACCAAAUAGAUCCUUGGGUGAAAGGUGCUAUAUAAUCGGAAAGUAUUAAGCACACUAGAUUUCGGUCAUGAUUAGAACAGAGUGCCUGCCUUCCCGGGAAAAUUAGAAAAUUCCCACGAGACAAAUAAAAACAUAGGUGUUGGGUGGAUAUUUUCUUUAAGAGAAAAAAUAAAAAGCAAAAACUCUCGUGGUACCCAGUCAUUUGGCGAUUGGGCUGUCUGUUGCCAUAGGAGCAUUUCUAUAGGACUUAGUAGCAGUAUGUUAUUCCUGGGUAAGCAGGCAUGGCUCUGGCCUGGAGCAGCUGAGCCAUCUCAGAUUCUGUUGAAAGGGGUUGUUUUGGGAAGAAAUUUCCUUUAUUACCUGAGAAGAAGAUCUACCCCAGGGGGGGAUCUGAGACAUCUUGCCUACUUUCCUUCUCCCAGCUCUCUCCUUAUUCCAUUUCUUACAUAAUUUUCCUUUCUGGGGGUUGUCAUGCCAUGAUUGCUGGUAUUUAUGUAAAAGGACUAUGACUAAGUGUAUUGCUCUAUGUUCAUUCUGGUUAAGGGAAUAUUGAGGGCAGGCCACCAGAUUACCUGGGCUGGGGGGAGAGAGAUGGCAAGCAAAAACUGUGGGAUGAUGAACUUUUUAAUUAUGAUUUAAUUAUCACAUGAUUAUAGAAGGCUGUCUUAUGUGCAGAAGCAUACUUACAUAUCAGAUAUACCCAAAAGAGAUACUCGCAUUAUGUUGAAAAGUCAAACUAUGACUGGAGUGAACCAUGUAUUCCCUUGUCUUUUACUUUAUUUCUGUGACAUUUAUGUCUCAUGUAAUUUGCAUUACAUUGGUGGGUUGUUCUAGUACUGUAUUUGGCUUCUUUAAUAGAUUGAUAUUUCAUAUACUAUAAUUGUAAAUAUUUUGAUACAAAUGUUUAUAACUCUAGGGAUAUAAAAAUAGAUUCUGACUCCCUUCA